AUGCAGAAUAAUAAAACUCGCAAGUCCUCAGCAUCAACUGCUUGAAUGCACGCUGUUGUUUUUUAAAAGUUAAAACGAUUUCAGAAGUCAAGAGGCCUGCAAAAAUGACUUUCGACUUGGUUUUAAGUUCACUUCUUUAUCAUGGAAGGGAAUGGUUUGUAUUUCAGGACAUUUUGACGCAUCUACCUCAAGAAAAAGCUACCGCAGCAACCCAGCAUUCGAAGACCACUCAGAAAUACACCUAUCGCUUUGGUAUAACACGAGAUUGGGUGACUGGCGAUGGCAGAAAAGUUCUCGUUGAUCGCCAUUUCAUCGAUUCAAAUGAUCCGGGACGUACUUUAAUCUUUAGCAGCGUACUUAUAGACGCUGAGCGAGUGGAGAAGCUGUUUCUUGAAAGCUUUAACAAAAGAUUUCGCCUAAAAGUUCAGCAGUUUCAUUUGACCGCAACCUCUUUGGAUUCUGCGUGGUUCGAAUGGCAAUUCGACCCAAAGCAGAAGGACGGUUGUGCCGUGAAGAAGACGAAGCUGACUGUUGAGCAAAGCGACCGCCAAGCAUCAAGAGCACAAGAGAAAACGCCUCAGAAUAAUCAAAAUAGUGAUAGUGAGAAUAUGACACCCAACUUAUCGUCCAAUGAAGAUCAACAAACCACUCUGGCCUCAAAGAGAAGAAGACCCAUCUCGGAGAAUGAAGAUCAAUCGAACGGUGAUUAUUCACCAUCCAUAUCGGAGUCUGUGCUGAUGCGACCAAGAAAGAAGGCGAAAGAAGCAAAUUUAUCCAUCUCUAAAUACCUCGACCAGCAGGAGGAUGAAAAACCUAACACUAUGGAACAGAAAGAAGAACCAAUGUCACCUGACUAUAAACCAGAUAUGGCAAAUUUCCAUAAUAUCAAGAGAUCACUCUCUCCAAUGGAAAAACCUAAAAUCAAGCUGUCACCAAGUUCUUCACCUCAAACCAUCAUCAAGGAAGAUGUUUUGCUUAGUUCUGUCAGGGACAGCAACGCUGACAGCGAUACUGAUUAUAUUCCACCUUCAAAUGACACUCCACAAGAAAGCAGCACCAUGCCUCAAGAUGCCAACUCUCAGAACGGUGACAAUUUGAAUGAAAGUGAUGUUACAGAUUUAGCAAAUGGCGUGUCCCAAGAUAUCAUGACCCUUGAUGAUCAAGAUAUGCCUGAUGUGGGAAAUAUGCCAGAUGAUGAUGAUGAUGUCAGUGGUGGCACAGGUAGUGGCCCAGAUAAUGUGGGUAAUGCCCAACAAAAUGCAAGUAAUGUCUCAGAUAAUAAUAGUACUGUUGAUUAUAACAAUAGUGCAGAUAUUAGUAGCACUGAUGAAGGUAAUUUACCUGAUACCAAUGUACCAGAUGAUGCUAACCUUAGUUCACAAACUGAGCCACCAACAUCUCCAACAUCCUCGUUGUUGGACAACUCAAAUAAUAUCAUGGAGAACAUAAAAUUGCAAAAACAGGAGCUUUGUACUGAAGAAGAAGAUGUAGUUGUGGUUGAAGGGCAAUCGUCAGAAGUGCCAAGUACAUCGGCCGAUACCAGAGUGCCAGCUGAAACUCACAAACAUGAUUGUGGUGCAGAAGCAUGUUCUAGCAAUGGUGCAUCAUCAACAGUGUGUUUGUGUACACAAGAAGAAAAGUCCAAACAAGAAACAGCUGCUGAAAAAGUUAGAAACACAGGUAUAGUUUUUCCCCAUAGUUAGUUGUGGUAUUGACAAAACACAGACUAAUAAUAUUCAUUCUAAAUUUUGGGCAUGACAUGGUCUGAAAUAUUUUUCUCAGUCUCCAACUACCAGGAUUCAAAGUUUAGUAUCCCCCCUGAGCAUCCAGUAUCCCACUUCUGGAUAGUGGCUACUGGUACCAUAAGUAUUAUACCCUGACUUGUCCAAAUAAGUUUCCAAAUAAGUUUCACUGUUACAAAUUACAAUAAUAACAAGAGACUCAACAGUCAACAACUAAACAAUUCAUUAAAACACUAAAAUCCACAUAAUCCUUCAACAAACGUCUAUAUGCUAGUCCUCAAUGAGGAAAGACUGAUGGCAAACUGAUAACAGCUCUCCAAAUUACUGUCGGACAUCAGACAAUGUGACUAAAUUUGGCCAAAUGUCCGAGCAAAAGUAAUUUUGAUCGGACAGUGAUCUGAUCACAACAAAAAAUUGUCACAUUAUACAUUUUUUUGCUGUGAUAGAUGCGAUUGCAAAUUCACUCAAUUGUCAUUUUGCAAUAAAAUUUACGAGGCGUUCUAGCAUUGAAUCUUACUUAAUGUUGCACCGGAAUGGCAUAUAUAUAUAUAUAUAUAUAUACUUGUCUUGUGACUUAUAUCUACAUCUUGUGACGUAUAUAUGUUUGACCAAAUUUAGUGAUGUUGGUUUUUGUCCGACCAAAUUCAAGUUAUGUCUGACCAAAAUUAAAAGUGAUCAGACAAAUGUCCUGUCAAGUCAAAUAUUUAUUUGCAGCCCUGUGAUAAUAUUCAAAAGCUAUCAGGAGCCUGUCAAGGUGUUUAAAAUAAACUAACAUUUUCUUAAUAAUCAUGUUUCGCUCACUACUCUGGUUUAAAUAAAUGAUUACAAAGCCCAGUCGAAUUGUAAUCAAGACCCUUCUUAAUGUUUGACAUUUUCUUAGUUGCAGGCCUCGAAUUUGCAGGCCUCCAGUUGCAGGCCUCAAAUUUGAGAAAAAUGAAGGCAGGGCCAGUUUGUCCUUGAAUGUUACUAAGUUUUUCAGGGCAUCAAGCAUCAAGGCCAGUACACAGGGCAUCAAGAUUCAAGGCCAGUUUGAAAAUUUUAUUCAGUUGCUAUUUUGAAGUUUCAAAUAACAUUUGAGUUUCCAUGAGCCAAGAAAAAUAUACAGAACAGCAACAAUAUUCAAAAAAAUGCCAAACAAAAUUAUGGAUAUUUUAAUACAUGAUUCAACAGACAGGCUGAUGGAAAGGUGCAUUUAAAUACUAUUUUAGAUUUAUUGCCAAUUUUACAAAUCAUGCACUUGGUUUUCUAAAGUCUAAGUACUGUAGUCUGGGGUUGAGGGCAGGCCACUACUGGCCGUGGAUUUCAGUAUAUUUCGAGGGCAUAGCGGCCAACAAGCAGGGCAUCGACGGCCAGUGGCCACCGCUAAAUUUGAGGCCUGUAGUCGGGAUACAAGUCAUUCAAAGUUUGGCACCAGCCAUCACAUUUGAAUAAUACUCUGAUAUAAAAAGGCUCUGCACGAAACAUGUAAAGUAGUUUGUCCAUUUUGAUAUUAUAUAAUUCAUGGUUGCUUACAACCUUUCACUUAAAUAUCCAGUCCCAAAUUUUGCCAAAAAAUCAAGAAAAGUGAAUCUUCUAGAAAACAUGCGCAUUGAAAUCUGCAAUUGUCUCCUGUAUUUUCUCCUUAUUUAAUUCUCUAAAUUAUACAAACAAACCAGCGAAGAUUGACAAAUAGAUAAACGGAAAGUAAGUUUUAGGCUUUGUCCUUAUUUAACAAAAUCGAUUUAAAUUGUUACGUUUUUCUACCACUAAGUGAUGAUAAAUUAUUCUUAAUAAUUUUAUUAUUUUUUGGAUGCUCAGAAUGCAGGAAAUAGCAUUUCCAGGUUUCAAAUUUCAAAAAUUUUCUGGGGAUUAUCCCUCUAAUAAAUAAUAUCCCUCUAAUAAAUAAUAUCCCUUUAAGGAUUAUCCCUCUAAUAGAUAAAUUACGGUUAAUAUUCUUUUUUACUUUUUGUGCAUUUUUUCCUUCUUUUAUUUCAAAUACAAGUAUAGUUAGCACAAAUUUUAGAGCAAAUUUGGAUGCUCAGAAUGCAGGAAAUGACAUUUCCAGGAUUCAAAUUUCAAACAUUUUCUGGGGGAGUACUCCCCCAGACCCCCAUUCAUAAGUGGUAUAUUGGCCACACAUGUGGUCUUUAGCCAUUGCUAUCCCCCUCUAAUAUAUUAUCUCGCAGAAAGGUCCCUUUUCAAAAAAUGUCCCCCCACGGGAAAAUCCUUAAAAAAGGCCCUGAGUCAGAACCCAGACAUUCUAUGAUUUCUUAUUGAAUUUGAAUUGAACCACAAAAGUAACCAGCUUGCAGAUCUGGAAAAUAUAUUUCUGUUCCUGGCAGCAAAUUAUAUAAGUAAAUUAUAUAAGAUGACAAAAAAUACUUGCAAGAUGUGAAAAUUCUCCAAAAAUUCCUGCCUGUUUCUUUAAAAUUUCCUUGGUGGUACUGGACAUUUCCAGCACUGCAGCCUUGUGGAAUGAGUGACUGUUGCCAAUGGUGAUUACUUAAUGUAGGACUGCUAAUAAGACACUUUGGCUGCGUAAUAAAAACAGGUUAAGGGUUACCACACAGUGGUUAUUAAACACUGAUAAAUGACAAUGUUCAAUUAACAGUUCCAUUAAAAUUAUGAGGCAAUACUGUAAUUUAUAUCCAAACGCACCAGCUUAGGUGCUUUGAUUAUUAAUGUGUUGUAGAAGCAUCUGAACUCCUGGAUGGUUUAAAGGCUGCUGGAUUUGUACCUCUUGUUCGACAGUUGUUGGAGAAUGUCCAAGGACAAAGUGAUACAAGACUAUCUCAAAUGGAGGGAGAGCUGAACAGUGAGUUUUUGGAAUUUUUUCUCUUAACCAUUGUAAUUUCUGGGUUAAAAGAUGCAAAGUAUUAAUACCAAUUUACAGGAUGAAACCCAAUCUGGAUACAUCCAGAAUUAAUUCUAACCUUUUAACUUUUUAAAUGUAAAUACACUUAACACUGGUUCAAUCCGGAAAACCAUGCACAAGUGAGAGUAUGUUUAUUAGUAAUACAUACUGUAAUCUGUAUGAGAACAUUGAAAAUUCAACCUAUUUUGAUGAUGAUUUGUGUAAGGAAUUUGCAAAAGAAAGCUUAAGAAAGCAUUGGUAAUAUAUUUUAAUAAAAUUGCACUGUUUCAUCCACGAAUUGUUUUCAUCAUUCAUUAUAUAGUGGAAUCUUGUAUAAUUACCAUUUACACUCCAAAUGUUAUUUUAAUUUUAGCACUUGGAAACCAAAUAAACCAGAAGAGAAAGGCUAAUAGGCAACUUCAAAAAAGUAUAAAAAAAAAAGCAGGAGAGUUAGAGAAGUUGUUUGAUAAUUUGAGAAAAGGCAAGUCGCUUUGCGAGAUGCUUGAGCAAAAACACAAAGCUCUCCAAGUGGAAAAAGCUACUGUUGAAGAAAAAGUGAAGAAAUGUUUGGAGGUUUUAAACUCUGUUGACUAAAAACUGACUGUAAAUAUGUUAAUAUUUUUAACGAUUUUCAAACGUUCAUAGCAGAAGCACGUCAGUUCUCGAAAAUUUUGGUCGUGGAUUAAAUAAGUUGAUUUAAAAAGAAUUCAUUAAACUCUAAUGCUGGGUAUUGUUUUCGUUAUCUUCCAUUCUUUUCGAGAUAUUUGUAAUUUGAUGGAUAUGUAAAAUAAACUGUAAAUCCUGAAACUAGUAUUAAACUUAAGCAUUCCAAAGCAAAAUAAACGGUAAAUACGUAAUAUUACGAAUUAGAAACAGAAAAUUUCGGCUCCUAGUUUCACCCUGGCCCUGCCAAUAAUGAUGUUAUGUAAUCAACAUCAAACAAAUUUUAAUAUGAUAAAAACGAAGACAGAUGAGAUGACGAAAAUAUAAAUAACUUGCGUUACAGUUUUAAGAGUCAAAAUCCAUUGUUUAUUGGCAUUGCAUCGAAUUUCGCUUUAAUUUUAACGGAGAAGUAAUUAAAAAUGGAUCUUUAUACAAACUACUUACGUCUUUACGACAAUGUAAAAUUGUCUACUCAUUCAAUUUGUCUAUAUGUAUAACCAACAGGAAAUGUUUGGGGGAUAGGUGUGUGUUCAAACGAUUUUGUGUUCUUGAACGAUCGAUAUUAGCGAUGUUCUUCUUGUUUCGGGUUUAUAGGAUAUUGUUAUGCAAUUAUUGUUACGCAGGACAAAAUUUGUAAAGUGAGAUUUGUUACAUUCAAGUGAGUGCAGAUAAACGUUUUGUGUAAUUAAAAGCAAAAGUCAAAAACACAACAGUCGAGAACAUCAAAACUAAUUAGCUUUAAUAAACCUUAAUAUCGUUUUGUUUUGUAGUAAAGUUGGUUAGUGGUAUAUUUUUAAUAAAUCUCAAUGUAAAUUAAAUAAUUGUGCGAAACCGUAUAUAUACAGUUUUGUGAUGAAGACUGAAGGGCAAAAGGGGUUUUGUUAAAAAUCUUGACUCCUUGUUUCCAACAGACGUUGAACGGCUUGGAGUUGCGCUCAUUAGGAUCGUAUCUGGUGAGAUCAUAGUAAUGUCCCACAAAUUCGAACUCCAUUUUCCGAAUUAUUAAAUUUGGAAAUUGUAUUCCAGUUUACUGUUUGUUUCACACCCAUCUCAGCGAUCAGUCGACGAGCUUAUCACAUACUUUCUAAUUAUUUCCAGCACAGCUAUUCGGCCAUUCUAAUGUAACAUCAAGAACUGUCCUGGGUAGAUGACUUAGAUGUUACUAACCUCAUGACUAUUAAUUAACUUUAACUAUUUUUUAUUCAACUGGGGUCAGAAGAUUAGACUGUCGUC